AUGACUUCCAUCUUCUCCGUUUCCGACUCCACUUUUGGCCAACUUGUUGAGAACGUCAAGAAACCAGCCAUUGGAGACGAGAGUCCAGUACUCGAACCCUUGAACCGGGACGAAGAAGAAGACGAUGAUCUCAUGCGUACUAAUGUUCCUUUCGUUCUUUCUUUCGACAAUCUCACAUACAGCGUCUCUGUUCCCCGGAAACCAGAGUUCAGCAAUCUCAUUCCGUGGCGGAAAACAGAGGAUCCUGAGAUUCCUCAAACCGGAAAAGCGAGUACUAAAACCCUUCUUGAUAACAUCUCAGGAAACACUCGAAAUGGAGAGAUCAUGGCUGUUCUCGGAGCAAGUGGUUCGGGGAAAUCAACACUGAUCGAUGCAUUGGCGAAUCGGAUUGCUAAAGGAAGCUUGAAAGGAACGGUGAAGCUAAACGGAGAAACUCUUCAAUCUCGUAUGCUAAAAACUAUAUCAGCUUAUGUGAUGCAAGAUGAUCUCCUCUAUCCAAUGCUUACCGUCGAAGAAACCCUAAUGUUCGCUGCCGAUUUUCGCCUUCCAAGGAGUUUACCUAAAUCGAAGAAGAAGCUUCGUGUUCAAGCUUUGAUUGAUCAAUUAGGGAUCAGAAACGCAGCUAAAACGAUCAUCGGAGACGAAGGUCACCGUGGAAUCUCCGGUGGUGAAAGGCGACGUGUUUCGAUUGGAAUCGAUAUCAUCCAUGACCCGAUUCUUCUCUUCCUCGAUGAACCGACCUCUGGUUUGGACUCGACGAGUACGUUCAUGGUGGUUAACGUGUUGAAGAAGAUAGCUCAGAGUGGCAGUAUCGUAAUCAUGUCGAUUCACCAGCCGAGUCACAGAGUUCUCGGAUUGCUUGACCGUUUGAUCUUCUUGUCUCGUGGCCAAACCGUAUACAGCGGAUCUCCGGCGAGUCUUCCGCGUUUCUUCUCAGACUUCGGAAGUCCGAUACCGGGGAACGAGAACACAACGGAAUUCGCGCUCGAUCUCAUCCGUGAGCUUGAAGGAUCCGCCGGAGGAACAAGACGAUUAGUCGAAUUCAACAAAAAAUGGCAAGAAAUGACUCCUUCGUCAUCACUGCACCCAAAUCUAACCCAAAAAGAAGCAAUCACCGCAAGUAUAAGCAGAGGAAAGCUAGUCUCCGGCGGAGAAUCCAUCGGAACCACCACCAACACCACAACCCUAGCCAUCCCUGCAUUCGCAAACCCGAGCUGGAUCGAAAUCAAGACUCUCUCGCAACGGUCAAUGCUCAAUUCUAGAAGACAACCAGAGCUCAUCGCAAUCAAACUGGUCACCGUCUUUAUCACCGGAUUCAUCUUAGCCACCGUCUUCUGGCGAUUAGAUAAUUCCCCAAAAGGAAUUCGAGAGCGACUAGGGUUCUUCGCAUUCGGCAUGUCAACAAUGUACUUCACUUGCGCCGAAGCACUCCCAGAUUUUCUCCAAGAACGUUACAUCCUCAUGAGAGAAACUGCAUAUAACACUUACCGGAAAUCCUCCUACGUUCUUUCUCACGCCAUUGUUGCUUUCCCGUUGCUCGUCGUCCUCACUGUAGUUUUCGCAGGGACGACGUUUUGGGCAGUAGGCUUAGACGGAGGCUCAAUGGGAUUUUUGUUCUACUGUCUGAUCAUCUUAGCCUCUUUCUGGUCAGGUAGCUCCUUCGUCACGUUUCUAUCAGGAAUUGUUCCUAAUGUGUUGAUAGGUUACACAAUCCUCUUCGCCAUUUUAGCCUACGUCUUGUUGUUUAGUGGAUUCUUCAUCAACAGAGACCGAAUACCUGAUUACUGGAUUUGGUUUCAUUACCUGUCCCUGGUGAAAUAUUCAUACGAAGCGGCUUUGCAGAACGAGUUUUCGGAUGCGACCAAGUGUUUUUCCAGAGGAGUUCAGACUUUCGACAAUACUCUGUUAGAGAAAUUGUCGUACGAAAUGAAGCUGAGCCUGCUUGAUACGGCGAGCCAGUCGCUCGGGACGAGGAUAACAAGCUCGACGUGUUUGACCACUGGCGCGGACAUUCUCAAGCACCAAGGAGUGACUCAGAUCAGCAAAUGGCAUUGCUUGCUUAUCACGGUAGCUUUCGGGUUCCUUUUUAGGGUUUUGUUUUACUUCUCUUUGUUGCUUGGAAGCAAAAACAAGAGGAAAUAA